AUGCGAAGAUCGUUUGGGAUAUUCGCUUGCCCAAAUGCAUAUUUUGAACAUCAACGCAUUUGGGCUGGUAUCUUAGAAGAUCCUAAUGUAACACCACCAAAAUACAUGUGGAAAUUAAACGUAGAUCUGGAAGAAGCACCAAACACACCUGAACAUAUUACAUUCAAAAAUAGUAUACUUACCAAGUACUUUUCACCUGAACGGGCAUUCUUGUCUGCUUCACUUACAAGUAGUCAAAAAUCUGUUAAUAGGAAAGUUAAAUUGAAGCUUUAUAAGGUAAUUUUGGUCAUUAAUGAUCGUAAAUCUGAUACUGAGAAAUUAUACAACAUGGAAGAAAGUUCUAUGAAUGUUCAAGUUGGAUUCAUUCUGGUUGGUUCUGAAGAGUUCAUUAAGAUUCAAAGUAUAAGAUUGAAGAAAUAG